UGGGGCCCCCGGGCAAUAGGGGAUCAUGGGGCCCCUGUGUCCUUGCCCAAACUCAAAAAAGCCUAUGAAAAAGUAGGUACCAGGCUAUGUUACAUAGUUCGUCUGGCUGAAAAAAGACAAAAGUCCAUCCAGUUCAACCAUAGGAAAAAGAUAAAAAAAAAAUCCUACACCCACAGUCAGGGGUGGACUGACAACUCAUGGGGCCCCUGGUCAAUAGGGGAUCAUGGGGCCCCUGUGUCCUUGCCCAAACUCAAAAAAGCCUAUGAAAAAGGUACCAGGGGCAUCUCAUGGGGCCCCCUACUGACCCCGAGCCCUCGGGCACUGCCUGACUUUCCAAAUGGUCAGUCCGCCCCUGCCCAC